GGAAGGUCCCAUACUGCAGGGUGUGAUGGGGGACGGCGCCGCCGCGGAGUUGCGAGUCGGUGAAAGCGGCGGGAAGUUCGUACUGGGCAGAAGGCGACGUUCUGCGGCUUGGGAAAUCCUUUUAAAAGGACAAGGAGAUUGAGACACACAGACUUCAUAUUCUCUGAAGCUCGGAGACGUCUUUCACUCUGAACCAGAGAAUAAGAGGAGUGGCCAAGUGGAGCGAAGUUUUUUUCAGUGAUUUAUGCAUUUUAACUCCUGAUUGGAUCCUGACUGUUAUAACACUUAAGUGAAAAUGCCUCGUGUAAAAGCAGCUCAGGCUGGAAGACAGGGCCCUGCAAAGAGACGUCUUGCAGAACAUUUUGCAGCUGGGGAGAUAAUCACUGAUAUGACCAAAAAGGAAUGGAAACUGGGGUCUCCCGUUGGCCAAGGCGGCUUUGGUUGUAUAUAUCUUGCUGAUAUGAAUUCUUCAAAAUCCGUGGGCAGCGACGCACCCUGUGUUGUGAAAGUGGAACCCAGUGAUAAUGGACCUCUUUUUACUGAAUUAAAGUUCUACCAGCGAGCUGCCAAACCAGAACAAAUUCAGAAAUGGAUUCGUACCCAUAAACUGAAGUACCUGGGUGUCCCUAAGUACUGGGGGUCUGGUCUACAUGACAAAAAUGGAAAAAGUUACAGGUUUAUGAUAAUAGAUCGCUUUGGGAGUGACCUUCAGAAAAUAUAUGAAGCAAAUGCCAAAAGAUUUUCUCGGAAAACUGUCUUGCAGCUAAGCUUAAGAAUUCUGGAUAUUCUGGAAUAUAUUCAUGAGCAUGAGUAUGUACAUGGAGAUAUCAAGGCCUCAAAUCUUCUUCUCAGCUACAAGAAUCCUGACCAGGUGUACUUGGUAGACUAUGGCCUUGCUUAUCGAUACUGCCCAGAAGGCACUCAUAAAGAAUACAAAGAAGACCCCAAAAGAUGUCACGACGGCACGAUUGAAUUCACCAGCAUCGAUGCGCACAACGGUGUGGCCCCAUCAAGACGUGGUGACUUGGAAAUCCUUGGUUAUUGCAUGAUCCAGUGGCUUAGUGGCCAUCUGCCGUGGGAGGAUAAUUUGAAAGAUCCUAAUUACGUUAGAGAUUCCAAAAUUAGAUACAGAGAAGAUAUUGCAAGUUUGAUGGACAAAUGUUUUCCUGAGAAAAACAAGCCAGAUGAAAUUGCUAAGUACAUGGAAACAGUGAAAUUACUGGAUUAUGUUGAAAAACCUCUUUAUCAAAAGCUACGAGAUAUUCUUUUGCAAGGACUGAAAGCUAUAGGAAGCAAGGAUGAUGGCAAGCUGGACCUCACUGUUGUGGAGAAUGGAAGUUUGAAAGCAAAACCAGUGGCAAAGAAGAGAAAGAAAGAAGCUGAGGAAAGUGUAGCAUGUAGUGUUGAAGAUAUGGAAUGCUCGGAUAAACAGACUGAAGAGGCUACACAAACCCGUUCAAAAGCCAGAAAGAGGGUCCAGAAGUGAAUGCUGUGGGCUGGCUUUUCUGUUCCUCCUUUCAGUUUGGCCUUUUCCUCUUUCUCUGUAUUGUUUUAUUUUCAUGUGAGUCUUAUGGAAAUGGGGGUAACAAUGAAGUACCUAUGUGUUUGAAAAGCAGACUUUUUUUAUUAAAUAAAUACUUUAUACAGUUUA